AUGAAUAACUCGAGAGAUAUAAAAUUGCCCCACGGCGAAUCGCAUCCAACCGAUACCGCCAACUCGCUUCCAGACAACAACGCUACGUCUUCGUCGCUUUUGGAGCAGUUGGUUUACAUCGAUAACUUUAUGCAUACCAACUCGGGUAGCACGGGAGAGCCCACGCCCAACUUGGACAUCGAUGGCCAGUUAUCACUCGACUUGGCUGCGUUUGCGGACGAUUCGUUUAUAUUUCCUGACGAGGACAAGAAACCCAGCUCGCCAUAUUCGAGCAACAGUCAUGGAAAUAAUGAUAAUGGCGACUUCUCCAACCAUAAUCUCAACGACUCCGGUAAUCAUAAUGGCCCUAUUGCGCCUAAUGCCCCUGAUAACAAUUUGAACCACGACUUGGAUCACGAUCUUAUGGGGAACCAUAUACCGGGAACCAGUGCCAAUAAUAGUAAUGAUGACUUUCACGAACCUCACAACGACUUUGCUGAACCUCCACAUACGAACGUCAAUGUAUCCAGUUUGCCUAAGUGGCCUGUGCCGCCGGGUGCAAAGUCUUCACUAGAAUCUGCAGGGCUCUCACAAAAUCAAAUCGAGCUUUUAUCAGCCUUGGUUGCCCAACACCAACAGAACUUACCACCUACACAGCCGGCCAGGAACUCCACUCGCUCUCCUAGCAUUGCAGCUAGUAUUGAUGGUGGUAUUGAUGGUGGUGGUAAUGAUUAUCAUGGGACGAACGAUGCGGCCGACAGUGUGGCAAGCAACCUUGAUGAAAACUGUAAUGAGUCCGAGUUGGACAAACGUAGGCGAAACACCGCCGCUAGUGCAAGGUUCCGGAUCAAAAAGAAGAUGAAAGAAAAACAAAUGGAGGACAGGAUACAAAACUUGAACGAGAUGAUUAAAUCGUUCGAAUCCAAAACACAACAGCUUGAAAUGGAGAACAAAUUAUUAAAAAAUCUUAUCAUAGAAAAAGGAAGUCAAAAAUCGGAAUAUGAGUUAAGAAUGUUGAAGGAAAGAGCAAGACAAUAG